GCCGGAUUCUACCUUUCCUCCCACCGGGGCCAUGGCGAGCCGAGGGGCUCGGCAGCGCCCGAAGGGGGGCGGGGGCGGCGGCGGGGACGCGGCCGCGGCGGCGGACAAGCUGCGGGAGCUGCUGUGCAGCCGGGAGGCGAGCGGCGCGGAGCCCAGGACCGAGUUAUCUGGGAACAAAGCAGGACAAGUCUGGGCACCCGAGGGAUCUACUGCUUUCAAGUGUCUGCUCUCAGCAAGGCUCUGUGCUGCUCUUCUGAGCAACAUCUCAGACUGCGAUGAGACCUUCAACUACUGGGAACCGACACACUACCUCAUCUAUGGGAAGGGGUUUCAGACUUGGGAAUAUUCUCCAGUUUACGCGAUUCGCUCCUAUGCCUACCUGUUGCUUCAUGCCUGGCCAGCUGCAUUCCAUGCAAGAAUUCUACAAACCAAUAAGAUUCUUGUCUUUUACUUUUUACGUUGUCUCCUGGCUUUUGUGAGCUGUAUCUGUGAACUUUACUUUUACAAGGCUGUGUGCAAGAAGUUUGGGCUGCACGUGAGCCGGAUGAUGCUGGCCUUCUUGGUUCUUAGCACGGGCAUGUUUUGCUCAUCAUCAGCGCUCCUUCCCAGCAGCUUCUGUAUGUACACCACGCUGGUGGCCAUGACGGGCUGGUACAUGGACAAGACGUCCAUCGCUGUGCUCGGAGUGGCAGCUGGGGCUAUCCUGGGCUGGCCAUUCAGCGCUGCUCUUGGUUUACCCAUCGCCUUUGACUUGCUGGUCGUGAAGCACAGGUGGAAAAGUUUCUUUCACUGGUCUCUGGUGGCCCUGAUACUCUUUCUGGUGCCCGUGGUGGUCAUUGACAGCUACUACUACGGGAAGCUGGUGGUGGCCCCACUGAACAUUGUUCUGUACAAUGUCUUCACCCCUCAUGGACCUGAUCUUUACGGUACGGAACCCUGGUAUUUCUACUUAAUUAACGGAUUUCUUAAUUUUAACGUAGCCUUUGCUUUGGCUCUCCUGGUCUUGCCUCUGACCUCUCUCAUGGAGCACCUGCUGCAGAGAUUCCACGGUUCCUUUUAUUUUUUCCUUCAAUACCGCUUUCUUUCGUUCCAGAAAUGUUACCACUUCGUGUUUCAGCGCUACCGCCUGGAGCAUUACACCGUGACGUCGAGCUGGCUGGCGUCAGGAACGCUGUUCGUGUUCGGGCUCUUGUCCUUCUCCCGCUCUGUGGCGCUGUUCAAAGGGUAUCAUGGGCCCCUUGAUCUGUAUCCGGAAUUUUACCGAAUCGCCACGGACCCCGCGCUCCACACUGUCCCCGAAGGCAGGCCCGUGAAUGUCUGCGUGGGAAAGGAGUGGUACCGGUUCCCCAGCAGCUUCCUUCUGCCUGAUAAUUGGCAGCUUCAGUUCAUUCCAUCAGAGUUCAGGGGCCAGUUACCAAAACCUUUCGCCGAGGGACCGCUGGCCACCAGGAUUGUUCCUACUGACAUGAACGACCAGAACCUGGAGGAGCCAUCCAGAUACAUUGACAUCAGUAAAUGCCAUUAUUUAGUGGACUUGGACACCAUGAGAGAAACACCCCGGGAGCCAAAAUACUCAUCGAAUAGAGAAGAAUGGAUCAGCCUGGCCUACAGACCGUUCCUUGAUGCUUCUAGAUCUUCAAAGUUGCUGCGGGCAUUCUAUGUCCCCUUCCUGUCAGAUCAGUACACAGCGUAUGCGAACUACACCAUCCUCAAACCCCGGAAAGCAAAGCAAAUCAGGAAGAAAAGUGGAGGUUAGCAACACGCCUGUGGCCCAAAGGACGACCGUCUUGUUGACUAGUGAUCGCACUGAUGGCCCGCCCUCCAGAUCACCAUUUGUAACGUUCGUAAUAAAGGCUGUCUGAUGCAGGAG